UGCUAUACUGUAUCUGAAAAAGUAUCACUCUUAAGCUUGGCUACUGCUGUGUUCUACAAAGGCUUUUAGGUAUCUUAUGUGUUCGAUACAGGGAACGGGGAUGGGGGACUUCAGUUUUUAUUGAACGUCUCAGAUGUAUCGCAGUCGAUAUCCACAAUAUAAGUUUCCUCAGCAAUCCUUGCCUUCAUGAUUUCAGACAUGGUGAAAUUCUAUGUAAAAGUAAUUUUCUUUUCAGGAAUGUCAAACGUACCACGGGUAAAAGUACAGAUCUUUCAACUCCCAAGGUUAGGAAUUACACGUGGAUUUUAGAAACCAUUCUAAAUCAAAGAAAAAUACAUGCCGUGCCGCCUCCACAGCCCAUCAGUGUUUGUUUGUUUGAUCUGGUUUUCUAUUCCCUGUGCGGUGUUGAAGCCAGGCAGGCAUGGCAGUACUGGAAAGGGAACAUUCCCAAGGUGCUACUUGAAGAGGUGUUGAUGCUUUGCUCUUUUCUCCCAACUCAGUUCCAAUCCAAGUCCCCCCACAGAUACGGCCCGCAUCCACUGAAAUUAUCUGUGACAUAUAUACCAGCAACCUCCAUUUUUACCUAAUGCUUAAGGAUCACACGGCACCUCUUUCCAUGAUUCAUCUUGAUAAUGAUGAAGAUUGGGCAAAACUUCAAGUGUGCAAUUACAUUGGACCCACCUAAAUUUUCUCAAGUUUCAAUUGUACACCAUAUAUUAUUUCCAGUUACUGUUCAUGGCUUGUAUGCCCUGCAUUAAUGGGACAACGAAACGAUAGCUGCUCUUCUCAUUAUUUUAUUUAGCAAUGGAAUAUUUUGAGUUUAUAAAGUGCCUUUAGGCACCUUCAAGAGAAAAAAAAAAGCACAUUUUUUUUAAUUGUUGCUGUUAGUCAAACUCAAAUAUCAGAACAUUCUCUAACUUUUAUAAUGCUCAUGGCUGCAUUUUACAGUCCUAAAUGUUUAAUUGGAGUACAGAAAAAGGCUAUUAAAAUUUAUGGCAAGCUUAUUUUGUGCUAGACACUCUACCAAGCAUUUAUAUAGCUUUAUAUGUAAACUGCCCCAACUGGAAUCAGACUGUACAACUUCCUACCUGUGUUGGGACUUCAUGCAAGUUACCUAACUUCUCUGUACCUUACUUCCCUCAUCUUUAAGUGGACGUAAUAACAGUAUCCAUCUAAUCAGGUGAUAAUGAAGAUUAUAAGAGUCAGUAUACGUAAAACAUAUAAUAAGUGCUAAAUAAGUGCUGACCAUUAUGAUCAAUAUGUUGUUUAUUUCUCAUUUUACACCUCAGAAAACAAGUGUAGAGAGGUUAACUUGUCCCAAGUCACAAAGCUACUAAGUGGCAAAAUCAGGAUUCAUACCCAGGUCAGGCUGACUCCAGGGCAUGCAUUCUUAGUAACUUCACCCAUUGUAAUUAAAUCACUUUAUUAAUUCACUUCAAAGAAAAUAAGUAUAAUGAGCUGAUUGUUUAAAAAUUGUUCAAACACCUGGAAAUUGGAGUAAAUUGUAUUUUUCUUAAGGAAGCCUUUCUGUGUUGUAUACCAUCCAUUUAAAACAUAAUUUAUGAAAUGCCUUACCAGGAAAUAGUCUGGGCCAGUAUCGUCUCUAGCCAUGACACCAAAGUGACCCCCAUGGGGACAGUCUGCUUUAGUGCCUUAAUAGAUGAUAAAGCAUAUAAACAGUUUUUGAAUCCAUGUGAAUUUGGAAAUGGUAGUACUCUUUUGAGUUAAGAGGAAGAGGUUUAUGUUGUGUAUUAUACUGCAUGUUGUACCUGAGUUUAUCUUGAGGAUUUAAGAGAUUCAUCUUAGUUCAAGGGGUUCUGAAUUUUGUGAACAAGUUUCAUGUGCAGAAAAAUGUUCUCUAGUCAAAUAAAUUUGGGAAAUGUUAAAAUAAAGUUUCUUUACUGUGUAACUUGCCAGAGCUUUUACUACACUAAUGAGCUUUAUGACUGUAAGAUUCCCAAACUUAUUUGACCAAGGAAAAAGUUAGGGGCAAGUGUUCCAAGAACCACAUUUUAGGGAAAUGGUUUGCAAUUUAUACAACCUGUGAUUUUAUGGUCCUUCAUCUUAAUCUUAGUCAUUCAGCCUUUGCUUUUCUCUGGUAAGGAUGUUGUUGGUUCGUGUUCAUAUGGCAGCAUCUCAGUGAGUGGUAGCAACACAAAUCCAGGGUCAUGUGCUGGAGUUUGUUCCCAGGCUCAUCCUACUGAUGUCCAGCAUGUUGGCCUUUAGGUCACAGCAGCACAUCACACUGCCUUUCUUCUGAGAAUAUUUUGUAGUGACUCAUAGGCCUCUUUGUAGUAAUUCACAGUAACUCAGACUAUCAUCUCCAAUGUAUUUGCCCUCUAUACCACUGGAAUAAUUUCUUUUUAAUGUCAGUGUAACCAGUAAAAUUUUGCUUUUCAUUCAAAAUAAAUUUAAAUGUCAAUAUAUUAGUUGUCUAUCCAUGAAUGGACCUGUGAAGGUGAGAUGGUACUGAAACUCUUAACACUUGGUUUCUAUUUUUUUUUAAAUGGCCAUACUUAUUUCUUCUGUACUCAAAAUCCAGACUUUAAUAUAUAUAUUUUUUUCACAUUAGUAUUUACUUGGUUUUUGUUUGUAUCUCUCCGUUCCAAAGCCCUGGGGAAAAGGAGAGGCCGAAUGAUUGUAUCUGCUAAAUGGAAAAAAAUGGCUUUGAAAAAAUAUAUAGUUAUAUAAUAUACCUAGAGAAUCAAUCUCUACCCAUGUAUAUGUGGUCUUUAUCUGUUUCCCCGCUCUACUCUGCAUACAUAUCCACUCACAGGAACACUGACUAGUAUUGAGACUUAGGGUACCCAGUACUACUAUAUCAUUCCUGUUAUCGAAGAGCUUAUAAUACUGUAUUUGAGGGGAGACAGGGCGUGUGAAAUAAGCAGAGCAAAUAUAAAAAGGCAAUUUAUAAUUAGAGACCAAAUUAUGAGCUUGAGCUGAGACAUAAAUGCUGCAGUAGUCCUAAGAGGCAAGAAGUUUUCAGAGAGAAGGCAGGUACCUGCACUCUGCUAUAAUAGUACUGAGAUAGACAGAAUGGCCUGUGGAAGCAAUUUAGGCAAGUAGAAAGCUAGAGCAAGGAUUUGGAGCUAGUAUUUAGGGAAAUACUAGUAUUUAGGGAAAUACUAGUAUUUAGGGAAAAGUUUGUCUCAAAUACAGUGGUAGUGGUGCUUGCUGGAAUUGGUGACAGAUAGGAUGUAGCAACUGAGGAAGAGGAAGCAGUCCAAGAUAACUCGUAAGUUUUGAGUCCACAAGAUUAGGAGAGGUGCUGUUGCCCCUGAGAGAAAUUGGGAUUUGGUGGAGAAGGGGUUCUUUUAGGUGGGAACUUAUGAUGGGCUCAGAGUCAACUCCAUUCGGGUACAAUGGGUGAAGCAACUAUGAUGCUCUUAAAUUAUCCACUGAAAUCAGACCAUUUCUUAAGUCUAUACAAGAUAUCUUCUUCUACUUUUAGGGAAAGUGAACUAACAGUGUUAAGAAAAAUAAAUCAAAUUGUUGUCCUUGAGAAGAGGGCUUGGUUUAGCUCAAUUAGUUUUUUCUGGUUUUUUCCUGGGCUGUAUCAUACUGUGUUCUGGCAUCUCAUUUGCUCUUGACAAUCUCCAGGAAUGGUUUAACAACCUCCCGAGAUGUGCUGCAGUUGCUCUCCUACCUAAAGGCCACCUAAUGAGAAUAGGCCUUUGUUUCGUGGGGCAGAUGCCCCACUGCUGUAACUGCUCUGUCAAAGGUAGAAAUACAGUGAAACCAUGUAAUGAUGCUAGGAGCCAGGUACAAACAAUUCAUUCCUGCAAAAUGCAGGUCAAGUAAUUGUGAGGCCCUGAAAUGAGCUAGGCAGAAAAUCCUUACGGGGUUAGAACUGAGUCUGCGUUAUGGAAAGAGAUUGCCCAGGAGGUAUGCUUCCUUUACACCUCUCAAACAGCAGAGGGGUUUUUCUGGCCUUCUGACUUGGGAAAUCAGAAUUUAAAUGCACACCUCUGUGAAAAAAUGGGUUCCUGUGACAUCCUGCAGCAUUAAAAUGAAACAAGAACCUAGAUAGAUAACAAUCAGCUCCUAACCACCAUGAUCCCCAAAGUCUUUUGCAGCUUCAAAAUUCCAUGAAGCUACCUUAAAUGUUUCCCUUAACAUGAAAACCCCCUUCUGGAAAUGCCCAACUGCUAUAAGUAACCUUUCUAAGUAAGCUGAUAAAUAGAUCGUUUGUCCUUAAAACAAACUUUUAAUUUAGAAAGAGAUGCUCAUAAUUCAGCCUUCACAAUCCUUUAAAAUGGACUUGUUUGAAAGGGGCUUUUACCUGGGGAAUAUGGCACACGUGUCCAUUGUUGCCCAAAUAAGUGCCUGUGCAUACUCUGUUGCUAAUACAUUUUGUCAGAUGCUGCUUUGUGAAUGCAAAGACUGUGACACCACUGCCCAGCUUCCUGAGGUGCUAGUCCUACAUUUCCACAGAACUCCCCAGAGCUGAGGAGCUGAGUGCUUCACAGUCAACAGUUAGCAUGACCUGAGGCUCUGCCGAGUGUCACUUCAGUGUCUUGCAGGGAGCUUCAGAUGGCCUCGGCUCUAUUUAGGCUGUGCAAGCAGACAUAUAUAAGAGUUUUUGUUCUCAUUGGUGGUUGCUAGUACCAGGUCACCUUGCUCACUGGUGAGUUCAUUCAAACCCAAAAAGUCACACCUGUGUCCUGUGCGCGGGUGCUGCAGGCUUAGGUGGAGAAAAGCAGGGCUAGAAUUGGAACCCAAAGCCCAGAAUGGCAGGAGAGGAUGUGGGGGCUCCACCCGAUCACCUCUGGGUUCACCAAGAGGGUAUCUACCGCGACGAAUACCAGCGCACGUGGGUGGCCGUCGUGGAAGAGGAGACGAGUUUCCUAAGGGCACGCGUCCAGCAAGUUCAGGUUCCCUUAGGUGACGCAGCUAGGCCAAGUCACCUUCUUACCUCCCAGCUACCUCUCAUGUGGCAACUCUACCCCGAGGAACGCUACAUGGAUAACAACUCUCGCUUGUGGCAGAUCCAGCAUCAUUUAAUGGUCAGGGGAGUACAGGAGCUGUUGCUUAAGCUUUUGCCUGAUGAUUAACCUGGUGCUGGGAUUCUAGGAAGAUAUGAUCCUCUGUUCUGUUCAGUAUAUGGCAAUCACUUCAUCCACCACUGCAGUGCACCCACCUGUGGUCCUGGGGGGAGGGAGUGGGUUGAAAAACUGCUCAAGAACACAGAAGCUUAGG